AUGCUUUUACAAUAUAGUAACAACACAUGUCCAAAAUGGUCACAACUUAUAAGCAGAACAACAGAUACUGGGCACACAGUUAAGUUGUCUAAUUUAAACAAAGUUUCAAUAUUUCCGAAGCCAAUCGAGAGGCAGUCAGUGUCUACCUGUUUAAGGAUAUUUUGUGACAAAACUUACCAUGCUUUGAUUAAUCAUCCAAGACUGCAGCAUAUAAAAGAAAGACAAGACACAGCAGAUUUUAUUAACAUUGUCGUAUCAUGGUGGAAAGUUCUUAAUGUUAAAGGAACAGGUGCAGAUGUUAGGUUUAAUGAUGAACUUCAAGCAGUUAUUAGAGAUCGUAAUGAUAAUAGAUUAGAAAAUGUUUUAAAUUUCCGAAAUAUGGCUUUAAAGAUGGCUGGAAAGCAAGGUAAAAGGAAGAAACAACUUACUUGUGACACUGCACAACCAAUUUACCAUACGUGCAAUGGUGUUGUUGAAUUAUGUCGUUCAUUAUUGAAUAGCUCACACCAAUAUGUUAUUCUUAGUGAGUUUUCUACUGAUCCAUUGGAAAAAGAGUUUAGCAAAUUGCGACAAGGUUCCGGAGGUACAUAUUUUAUAACAGUACAGCAGGUAAUUGAAAAACUGAAUAUUUCAAGAGCCAAGCUUUUACUAUCUCUUAAUAACCCAGCUGUUGACAUAUGUUUUGAUACAACCCAUUCUUAUCCAAAUUGUGGUUUUUUAUUGGAUGAGUCCUCUGCUGAGAUAUUUGACAACCUGCCAAAUCUUGAAUCUUUUAUUUCUUCUGAUACAAAUAUGGCACUUAUAUACAUAUCAGAAUAUUUAACUCGUAAAGAUAAUGAACUAUCAGAAAAUGAGCUGCUAGAAAAAACAACUUUCUACCACCAAAAGUUUGGACAAUACAUAGAAUCAAUUGACCGUGGUGGACUUAAUAUUCCCACAGAUAAUACCUGUCAAUGGAAACAAAGAGUUCAAAAUAUUGGUGGUAAGAACUGUCAAAAACUUGUGAUAGCUAUGAUGAAGAGUUUUAUGACAAAUUCACUCAUGGCCAAAUCUAUAAUGGCAGCUGGAAAAGACAAAGAAUCUUUUUAG